UCAGGGUCUGAGUUUUGUAAGGGGGUGGGGCUCAUAAUAAUUAACUAAUAGUGAGCUAGCUAGCUGCUAUACUGCAGGCUGUUUUUAUGUUAUUGUGGUGCAAUAACAAGACCAGGAUCGCAAAAUGACUGACAGCAAGCAUUAUCUCUUAGAGGAAUCUGAUGAAUCUACUUUGACAGACCUCUCUUCGGACACAAGCCCCGAGUCUCACCGUCGCUAUUCUUCAGCUUCCCUGUAUGGCCACCCUGACAGUGUGGCGGAAAAGGCUCUCAACUCAACUCAAGACAAAAUGGAGGGACAACCUUUGUCUCUCUCUCCAGUUGAAGAACCAAUGUCCGUGGAUAGAGAGAGCCUUCGGAAAAAUGCAGUUCGAAUUAGCUUGACUCGUCGAAUACCUGUAAAAAAGGAAAUGGAGAGGAAAGAAUUGGAGAGUUUGGUCACUGCAGCUCACAAUGACUUGGAUAAGCUUAUUCAUUACACACUGAUUGUUGUAGAGGAGAAUAAUUCUCUCAAAGAGGUACUGAAGGAUGCUGUGAUUUUCAGUGAGGAUGGAAACCUAGGAGAUUAUUCUGAGAUCCUAAUCAGCAGGGAUAAGGAGCUACCGAUAUUGAACAGCUUAAGUCACCAGCACUUUAGUACUAGACCGUUGCUUGCAUCCUCUCACUCACAACCACAGCACUCUAAUGAGGCAACAGUAUCGCCUCAACCAGCAGUGUCGUCAGAGCACACGUACCAAUCAGACCAAAUGUUUGACCUAUCAAUGGAUACUAGUUCAUUAAAAUCUGAACCAACGCCUGUAUUUUCAAGGAGCCUAAAUGAGAUCGAAGGAGAAUUAAGUACUGGGAGUGAAAUACGAUUUAGCCCGUUUUCGCCACAAGCCACCAUUGCUGAAAACUUCACUCAUGCCGUUAGUAACCAGACAAAUCUCGAUAUUGAAAAUGUCAUCAGGAGUCCUAGAGCUGAACUUUCAAUCAGGAAACUACAGUUGCUGACGCAGUCUUGCAGAGAACACGGGAAUAAGCACAACAUUGGCGGGAGGUGUUCUACACGAGGAAAACAGAAAAGUUCCAAGAAACCAAAACGUGCAAAGUCAUUGCAAAAGGUGGCUGUUAACUACACAAGUAGUGAACUGGAUGAGAGGGAAAUAAUGUUGAAGAAGCCAACAUUUUUUACAUCUGACAUGCUAGCUGUGAUAAUGGAGAGAAAUGAGCUUAAGGAGAAGGUUCACAUGCUGGAGGAAAAGGUUGACGAGCUUGGGGAAGAGUUAGCUCACACUCAGAUGAAGCUGGUUGAUGAGUUGCAGGGCGAAACUGAAGGUAUUCAAAGAACAAACUUCUUUAGACGAAAUACGAGAAUAAAGAGCAAAAAAUCUGAGAGUGAAAUUUUCAUCAGUGACGUGUUAGUGAUUGGAUACAAGAAGAAGGAGAGAGUGUUUGUGUAUGUAAUUCACACGACAUGGUCUGAUGGACAACGAUUUGAGAUCUACCGUCGCUAUGGGGAGUUUUUCACCUAUGAUGACCGACUACUGCAGCUGUUUCAAACGGAAGGAAGCAAGAUCGAUAAAGUACUUCCCACUCUACCAAAUAUUGACAAUGUGCUGAGUUUAUUUGGUCGUACUAACAAUGAACAUGUUAUCAAGCAAAGACUGGGGACUAUCAAUGACUACUGCCAGAUUCUCCUUUGUGAAUUGGAUGUGAUGAUAUCUAGAAACGAUUUUGUUCUCAGUUUCUUUCGACCUCAACCAGGAGAUAGACAGCUGCAAAACCUAGCCAAAUCCAGAACUGAAUCCGAGUUGGGUAUGUCCAUCAUCUCUGUCUACCCUCAACAAGUUCCUGCAGGCAGUACAUUUGAAGAGUAUGUCACACUGGCUGACUACAAACCAAAAUCUGAGGGAGAGCUGUCAGUGAAGGCUGGGGAGGUGGUAAAGGUCAUCAACAGAGAAGCUACUGGUUGGUGGAUGGUCAGCCAGAGCCCGGAGUGUGAAGAUGGAGAGGAGAGGGUAGGCUACAUACCCGGGGACUUCCUCAAGAGAUACGACCCAACUCAAAAUGUAGACGAAGAUUCAAUAAAGAAUUACCUUGGUUUCGUGUCUCCAGCUGCGCUUACUGAUAGUGCUAGAGCAGACGUGGACUCCGCACUGAAGUAUGUGGCUAUUGAGGACUAUACGUCUGACGAUCCUCGCCAGCUGUGUUUCACUGAAGGGACACAAGUAAUAGUCAUUGAGAAGAGUGAAGAUGGAUGGUGGUUAGUAGCAGCUGGUGGUCGACAUGGCUGGGCUCCUGCAUCGUACUUGGAGCCCAUGGACAGAAGAAUAUAUCCGGAGGGAGAGGAUUUGUUUGUCUCAAUGAGAAUAAUGGACGUUGUCAGCGGAGAGAAAUACGUGACUAAAGCUGCCUUCAAAGGAGAAAUUGAAGAAGACAUCUCUUUUCCCGAGAAGGCCACCAUUGAAGUGAUUGAGAAGUCCAUCAGUGGCUGGUGGAUGGUCAGGCACAAGGGAAAGAUUGGAAUGGCUCCUGCUUCCAUGCUAGCUCUCACAGAGUCACAACUCAAUGUACCUGGAGAGUACAAAUUUGCAAUGACAGUGGAUUUGGGACAUGGCGUGUCUGGAAUCAUCCAACCUCCACCAAGAAGCAAGAGGUUUCUCCUGCUGAGUCAGUCCCACCGUCGCCAACGAUCCAACACUAACACGGACGAAAAGAAUUUUGAAACGUUGUUUGAAGAAGGACACACACCCUGCAGUAGCUCGUCCAAUUCAGAUAAUAGCGAUAUUGAGACAAAGCAUUCGUCGAUGAGCAAACAUGUGAGAAAGCAUGUUAUUACAAAUGAAAAACGACGACGAAAAUUCAAAUCAUUCUUGCAUGUACGUCCUGAUGACAUCAAGUCAAAACGGUCGAGUUCCAUGUCUCAGCAGGACAAAAGAGCAACUCUACCUGCAUCCCUUAUGCAGAGAUCAUGGGGAGCAAAGAAACUCGAUUUUAAAGGAAUGGAGGUGUUUAUCGGAGAAAAUUCUCCACUAGAAGCGAAAAAAGGCUCUUUUCCGAGCAAACCAAGAUCUUUAAGCAAUGACGAACUGCUAAUGGGCUCCUUAAUGAACCGCGAGACGCAGGGUAAAGGUACCCCGUCAGAUCAACCAGAAGAUUUUCUUCAUCACAAUGAUAAGCUACCAUUUGAGACUGAAGCUAUCAGUAACCCAGAGUCAAUCUGCGGCCUAGAAACCAAAAUGAAUGAAAUUCAAUGUACCAAUGGAUCCACUAAAUGUGAGACUCAGCGAAUGCUCCCUAAGCCUGUAGAGGAAAACACUCCAUCAAAAAUUGCUUUAAAUGACCUCCCCCUAAGUAAAGACCUACAUAUUUCCCCUGCACAACAGCUAAACGUUCCCAGUGAGGCAUCAAUCGAAAGUACUAGUGGUGCGAAGACGAGUGAAUCUAUUAACAUUAUUGAGAACACAAAAACAUUGUCAUCCUUGCCAAUGCCUGAAAGUGAAGAGGGGGAGCGAAGCGUUUCCACAUCUGUAACCAAUUGCAAUGAGUCUAGUUCCGAUCUAUAACUGUUCUAGCUGUGCUGUGUGUUGUCUAUGGUUUGUUUGUACUGAGUGUGUGGUAAUGUUUACAAGCCAAAAA